AUGGAUAACACGUUAGAUUCUAUCAGACCAUCUUAUAAUACUAAUCCACAAGAUGAAAUGUCAUAUUUAUUUGGAAGAGACCCAAGUAUAUUAGCUUAUGGACAAAGGCCUUGUGUUUCAAAUGAUACAAAAAAAAAUUUGCUCUCUGUCUAUGAAACUGAAGAAUGCAAUUAUGUUGAAGAAAGUAGUUCUUUAAAUUCUGAAUCACAAACUGUUAAAGUAUAUCUAAGGAUAAAACCAUUUCCAAAAAAGUUAAAAUUAUCACAAGAACAGCAAGAAGCAUACAAAAUUAUCAGUUCAACCACAUUGGUCACAAAAUUACCUACUUUAGAUAAUAAUACCAGUAGUCUCAAAAGAUCUAAUAGUACUGAUAUUUUAUGUAGAAAAUUCACAUUUACUAAAACCUUUGGACCAGAAACUACUCAGUUAGAAUUAUUUGAACAAGCUAUAAAGCAGCAAAUGGUAGAUUUUUUAACUGGACAAAAUUCUACUAUUAUGACUUAUGGUACUACAAAUUCAGGGAAAUCUUAUACAUUACAAGGAACUACUACAUCUCCUGGGAUGAUACCAAGAUGUUUAGAAUUUGUGUUUUCAAAUAUUACUUCGAAACCCAUUCCUUCUUAUAAACCUGUGAAUCACUGUGAUGUUGUUAUUUUGGAUCCUGUUGAACGUGCUCAAGAAUUAGAGAUAAAAACCAAGCUAUUAACAUUUGCUUCUGUAGAUAAACAUCAAUACAUUAAUGCCUACAAGGAAAUGCAAAAAUUAUUGCAAGAAGAAUCACCUGUUAGAUCUAGUCAAUGCAUUGAUGAUCAUUAUUCUGUUUGGGUUUCUUUUGCUGAAAUUUAUAAUGAAAUUGUAUAUGAUCUCCUAUCAAAUGAGUGUCAGAAAAAGAGAACACCUCUUAAAUUAGCAACAGAUGGUCAAGGAAGAACAUUUAUUAAAGGCUUAAGGACUAUUUGUGUGAACUCUGGUUCUGAGGCUUAUCAAGUUUUAAUGGCAGGACAAUAUAAUUUGAAAGUAGCUGCAACUGCUUUAAAUGCAAGAAGUUCAAGAUCACAUUGUAUAUUCACUAUCAAAUUAUUGAAGUAUUGCAUUGAGAAUGAUCCCAGUUUAGUUGAAGUUAGCACAUUUGCAUUCUGUGAUUUGGCUGGUUCAGAACGAUUGAAAAAGACAUUAAAUAUUGGAGAUAGAUUAAAAGAAGCACAAAAUAUUAACACAAGUCUGCUAGUAUUAGGGAGAUGCUUGAAAACUAUUCAUGAAGGACAAUUAUCAAAACCAAAAUUAGAACACGGUCCAUUUAGAGAAUCAAAAUUAACAAGACUGUUUCAGAAGGCAUUAUCUGGUAGAGAACAUAUGGUUCUAAUAGUAAAUAUCAAUCCUAUUCCAAACUUAUACAUUGAAACACAAAAUGUGUUAAAUUUUUCUGCCAUUGCAAAGAAAAUAGUUAUAGAAAAGGAGAAAGUACAUCGGAAAAAAAAAUCAAGAUUUUCUAAAAUAGUUACACAAAGCAUAAAAACAGUAACUGACUGGGAUGCUACAGAAUUAGAAAGUGAAGACUGGCAGAACAUAGUUGAUGACAAUGCUGUGUCUGAGUAUACUCGACUCGAUAAUUAUAAUGAAUUAAUAAAUGAAAACGAGAGAUUGAAAAAAGAAAUUGCCUUUGUAAAAAGUUCUGCAUUAACUCGCGAUCUCCAAAUACGUCAAGAAAUGGCUGAUACUUAUACAUCUAUGAUGAAAGAGCUUGAAACAGAAUGGAAGAAUCGUAUAAAAGAUGUAGAAGAACAGCAAGAAGAUGUACUUCAAUGGUCUGUAAAACAAGUUGAAGAUUUCUAUAAGCAUAAAUUAGAUCAACUUAAUAGUCGGAAGAGAAGACGGUCAUCUGAGUCUGUUAGUAAUCCAAAUGAUGACUCAAUAAAUAUUAAAGAAUUAGAAGUAGAAAAUUCACGUCUGACAUCGAAGAUUGUUCUUUUAAAAAAUAAUGUGAAAGAACUUAAGGAAAUAAAUCAAACUUUAACUGUUGAAAAAAAUAAAGUAACUUUUGAACUUGGUUUGAUAAAAGAAGAUUUAAAAAAUGUAAAAAAUUUAUUAAAUGCAGCUCAACAAGAUGUUUGUUCUGAUGAAGAUACAAAGUAUUAUAACGAGGAAUUGAAAUCUCAAUUGUUUGCCAAGCAGGAACAAAUUAAGAAACUUAAAGUAUUUUUAAAUGAAGCAAAAGAAGAAUACAUUGCCAUCACUACUGAAGUAAGAGAAAAGGAAUAUGUAAUUAAAGAGCAGGAAGAAGAACUGUUAGAGAAGCAAGAAACAAUAGAUGAAUUAGAAGCAGAUCUUGUACAUAUUAAUAUGUGUUUAACAGAGAAAAUCAAAGCAGUUGAUGUAUUAGAAGAAAAAUUAGAAAAACAAAAUAAAAAUAUUAUAGAUCAUGAAAACAAAGUACAAGAUAUGAAAGAACAAAUGAAUAAAUUGGAAAAUGGAAAACUGUUGUUAUCAGAUGAACUUGAAUUACUUAGAAAAACAGUCGAUACUAGAAAGAAUGAAAAAAUUGUUAUAAAAGAAGAAUUAUGUUCUGAUCUGAAAGUAGAGAUAAUAACAGAGGAUUCAAAUAAGAAUAAUAAAGAUACACAAACAGAAUAUAUAGUUGAAACCCAAAUGGACGAAAAACUGCUCACAAUAAACAAAGAAAAUUCUGCAUUAAAAGAAAAAUUAAUGCGAAGUACAACUGAGAUACAAAACUUAAAACACGAAUUAGAGUUUGCUAAAGUUCAAUUAAAGGAAAUUUCGGAUCAAAUACUCAAUUUAAAAAUGAAUAACAAGCAGCCUGAAAUUAAAAAUGAGGAAAAUAUGGGACACAAAAUAAUAGUAGAAACAGUAGAAGUUGGUUGUCAAGUGUAUGCAGAAUUUGAUGAAUACUGCACAGAGACAUCUAAAAAUGAUGUAUAUAAUAAAAGUUGUCAAACUAUUGAAAAUCUGACAAAGGAAGAGAAUAAUCCGACAAGUUUUAUUGAUCAAACUGAUGACUAUGAGGUUAUUUUGGAUCAAUUAGCAAAAUUGUUGAUAAAAUAUGAUGACAUCAAAACACAAUAUAAAGGAAAAUGUUUGAUGUUAGAAGAACUGGAUCGAGAGAUAUUACUUUUAAAACAAAGAAUAGAAAAACUAUCUGAAGAAAGUGGUACAAGUAAAAAUGAUGCUGAAAAGUAUAAACAAUCGACCGAAUUAUUUCAGAAAGAGCUUUCUUUAAUAAAAGAAGAUAAAAUGCAGAUUCAAGAGGCAUUAAAAAAUACCGAUGCCAUUAAGAGUUCUUUAGAAAUGAAAAUUAGUGAUUAUGAACGACGACUUAAUGAGACUGAACAACAAUUCUCUCUUAAGAAAAAUGAUUAUAAUCAGUGUACGGAAAAAUUAGGUAUAUUACAAGCAAACUUUGAUACCCAUAUUUCAGAGUGCAAAAAGGAACAUGAAGAAACAUGUUUGGAUGUUCAUGCUGCUAAAAUAAUAGAGCUGGAACAUAAUCUUGGAAACUUAACUGAACUCCAAGAGAAGAUUUAUGAAUUAAAUAAAAAUCUAGAAACAUGCCAAUCUGAAAAAGAUCAACUACAGAAAUUAUUGGAUGAAAAUAAUGAUAAACUUCUAGAACUCGAAGAUUGUUUAGAACAUGCAGAAGAAAAGGAUCGCGAAAAAGAUGCUGAAAUAAUUACACUUCAGAAAGAAAUGAAAAAUAUGAUACAAACAAACGAAAAUGAUGACAAAAGCGAUAAAUUAAUGGAGAUGGAGAUGAAAAAUACAAUUAGGGAUCUAAUAGCUACGAAAGAGAUGCUUUCCAAAAAACAAAAGUAUAUAGAACAGCUAGAAGUACAGGUCAAAAAGAGUGAACAAAACGCCAAGAUAGAUCAAAUAGAGAAAGAAAGGUUAAGAACAAUGAAUGAAGAAUUGAAGAAUACUUUAAUCGAGAAAGAGCGCGAAAUGGAAUCAUUUAUGAAGAAUAGAGACGAGAUGGUGGCAAAGUAUGAAAGCUUAGUGAAUAGUCAACAAAAAGAGUUAGAAAAACAAAAACGAGAGGUGACAGAGAACCAUUCGAAAGAAAAAGAUUAUUGUGAAAAUAUAUCUGAAGACGAAGUGGUACUUAAGGAGCGCCGAGUAAGACGACCACCAAAGAAGUUUACACCAUCAUCGCCAAAACAGGAUGAAAUUUCAGUGAUUGAUCUUUCUAGCUCUGAUUCGAAACGAAGCGCAAAACGGAUUAAUUUGCCACCUCCGGAACAAGUUUCGGAAAAGAAGAAAAGUAAUCGCAAAAAAAAACUGUUCGUGACAGAGGACGAAUCUUUGCAAGAUAUUGAACCAGUCGAGAAUUCAAUAACAGUUACACCAAUGGCACAAUCUCGUACUUUAAGAAGUAGGCGAAAAUAA